AUCCAAAGUCGCCAAGUGAAAGAGAUCAUGGAGAUCCUGAGAAGAGUCAAGAGCAGUUAUUACUCCUCCUUCCAAGAGAUCUGUGUCAAAGUGGAUGAGGCGCUGCUGGAAGCUGAGGAUGUGGAUCUGCAUCUGCGUCCUUUGAGGAGGCUCAUCACCAACCUGGAGGAGAGAAGUUUCCCUCAGGUGGACACUUUGCUGCCUCCACUUUUCCACUCCCUUUGUCUGAUCUGGAGUCACUCCCGGUUCUACUGCACUGCUCAGCGCAUGGUCGUCCUUCUGCAGGAGUUCUGCAACCUGAUCCUGGACAAGGCCUUUGCCUACCUGAUCCCUCAAGAACUCUUCAAGAUGGAGCUGGAGGAGGGCCAGGAGAGAGUCCAAAUCAGCAUCUCAGUCCUGCGCACCUUCAAGCAGCUCUUCCACACUCACCGCCAGAAGAUUCUGGGAUACUUUCAACACAACCAGACCGUAAAGCUUUGGGACUUUCCCGCCUCGCUCGUGUUCCGGCGCUCAGACCGCGUCUUGGAGCGGCUGCUCAUGAUGCAGGAAAUGUUUGCUGCAGCGCUGGACUUUCUGAAGUUGGAGAAAAUACAAGUUGGAGGAUCCAGAGGCAAAGUCCUCAGCGAGAUGGUCUCCAGGAUGAGUGAGGAGUUCCAUGAGGGCUGGCGAGCGCUCAGGGAGAGCAAAUAUGAUCCUUUGGACUACAGCGACCCUGUAUUUGUGCAUCAACACCAGUGUUUUAUGGAACAGAACAGAGCCUUUGAGCAGAGGCUGGGAACACUCCUCAAUCUGUUCUUUCACAGCUCCAACAACCUCAAGUCUACUAAGAAGCUGCUACAGCUUUUUGGCAACUUGCUGGAGAGACCCAGGAUCCAUCAGCUCUUCUCCGCUAAUGACACCGUGCUCCUGGACUUGUUCAAGCAGGAAGUGGAACACCUCCACCUUCUGCUCCACCAACACAGAGAUGAGUCAGGAAGUGUGUGUUUGGGGAACAAUCUGCCCCCGGUGGCCGGGAGGCUGAAAUGGUCACAGGAGCUUCAGAGUCGCAUUCUGAGCAACCGGAGCAACUUGUCUCAAAUGCCUCUGGGUGGCACUGAGGCCGACGCCACCUUUCGGAAGUGUGAGCGUCUUCUGGAAAACCUGGAACAGCAGGACCAGGAGCUUCUCUCAGGGUGGACUGAAGGUCUGGAGGAAGUCUGUCAAAGACACCUAAAAGACCCCCUGCUGACGUUUGACACCAACACAGGCCUGUUCCACCUUAACUUCAGUCCAGCUUUGACAUCGGUGCUCAGGGAGGUGAAGUAUCUGAGAAUGCUGAACAGGCCAAACAUUCCCCAAGCGGCUCUUCAUCUCCACUCUAAACGUGAGAGGAUCUACCUGCAAAGUCAGACUCUGACCCUGGUGACCCAGUGGUACAACCAGCUGCAGAGUACCAUCCUGGAUGUGGAGCGAGGACUGCUUCAAGACCAGCUGGACAAGGUCAGGAGACAGCUGGAUCCGGCCCUGCGGGAGCUUACCUGGGCCCAGGACGACCCCUGGGACUACAUUAAGAGCACACAGGAUCUUGUCCAGAGCAUUUGGAGUCGCGUCCGCAAGAGCAAAGCGAACCUGCAGGCCAUCCAGGACCUGCUGGGCGGACUGAGUGGGCGUGCAUGUGUCAGCAGGACCAGUGGUGAUGAUGCUCCUCUGAUGCUCUCAGACAUCGAUGCAAGUGUUGCCAAACAACAUGCUCUCAUCAGCAGCACCGGCAAGCAGGUUCACACACUUCUGCAGGACAACCUGUCUCUCCUGGGCGUGGCCGACGUGAGCAGCGGCGAGUGGCGGGCGUACCUGGAUCAUGUGGACCAGCUGGUCUUGUCAGGCUUGUGUGGGACCACCCGCUGCUCGCUGCGAUACCUGCUGGAUAACACCCAUGCAGCCCGGCGUAUCGCCCCGCUGUUUGAGCUCCGUUUGGUGCUGAAUGACCACGGCGUGUGCUUUGAUCCUCCGCUGGACUGCAGCCACACGGGCAACUUUCUGGACCUCGUGGAUAAGAUGGUGGAUGACAUCAUCAACCAGGCCUCGUUCAUACCCAGAGUGGCGAGGCACACACGUCGGGACGACUAUCAGAGCGACGUCAACCAAAUGAAGGAAUUGUCAGAAAUGUGCUGGACUUUACGCUCCCGAGCACGUGCAGCCACCAACAAGGUCAGAGAAUACGAAGAAGCGUUGACCAGCUACCAAUACCUGUGGACUGAUGACAGGUCAGACUUCCUGCGGCAGUUUGUGCUGUGCGGCCGCAUGCUGAGCACAGAGGAGGCUGAGCUGCACCACCUGAAGAAGAACCCUCCCACUCUGGAAAACUUCAAAGAACAGAUCCACGUCUUUAAGUCUCUGCAUGAGCGAGUGAGCCAGAUGGAGGAGAGGAAGGUGUUUUGUGGCUGGUUGCUGCUGGACCUCAGACCCUUCAAGUGCACGCUGAUGAACGUCAUCAAGAGACGGAGCUGGAUGCUGAAGGAGCACCUGCUGGACCACGUCAAGCAGAGGUCAGGCGCAGGCGUGCAAGUCUGCUUUUUGACACACUUCCUCUAGCGAUGUGCGACCCACUAAAAGGUCCGACACACGUCUAUCCCUGACUGAAUAGCAAAGUGUGCAGCAUCAUGAGGAACAUCAACAUCAGCAUGUCUUUCAACAUACUAACAGUCCUCCAGGAUUACAAGAUAAAGUCCUUUGAAACCUGGAAGU